GGCUGGCGGGCUGAAGGGAGGAAAGAUGGCGGCAGCGGCAGCGGCUGGUGCGGCCUCCGGGCUGCCGGGUCCAGUGGCACAAGGAUUGAAGGAGGUGUUGGUGGAUACGCUCACCGGGAUCCUGUCUCCGGUGCAGGAGGUGCGGGCGGCGGCCGAGGAACAGAUUAAGGUGCUCGAGGUGACAGAGGAAUUUGGUGUUCACCUGGCAGAGCUGACCGUAGAUCCCCAGGGUGCACUGGCCAUUCGUCAGCUGGCAUCAGUCAUUUUGAAGCAAUAUGUGGAGACUCACUGGUGUGCUCAGUCAGAGAAGUUUAGGCCUCCUGAAACUACAGAAAGGGCAAAAAUUGUUAUCCGGGAGCUACUGCCCAAUGGGUUGAGAGAAUCAAUAAGCAAGGUCCGCUCCAGUGUGGCCUACGCAGUGUCGGCCAUUGCCCACUGGGACUGGCCUGAAGCCUGGCCCCAGCUCUUCAACCUGCUCAUGGAAAUGUUGGUGAGCGGAGACUUAAAUGCAGUCCACGGAGCCAUGAGAGUGCUCACAGAAUUCACUCGAGAAGUAACAGACACACAGAUGCCACUUGUUGCUCCUGUCAUUCUACCAGAGAUGUAUAAGAUCUUUACCAUGGCUGAGGUAUAUGGUAUUCGGACUCGUUCGCGUGCUGUGGAGAUUUUUACUACGUGUGCCCAUAUGAUCUGUAACAUGGAGGAACUGGAAAAGGGUGCAGCCAAAGUCCUGAUCUUUCCUGUGGUGCAGCAGUUCACCGAGGCCUUUGUUCAGGCCCUCCAGAUACCAGAUGGGCCCACAUCUGACAGCGGGUUUAAGAUGGAAGUGCUAAAGGCAGUGACGGCCCUGGUGAAAAACUUCCCAAAGCAUAUGGUGUCCUCCAUGCAGCAGAUUCUGCCUAUUGUUUGGAACACCCUGACCGAGAGCGCAGCUUUUUACGUGAGGACAGAAGUAAAUUACACAGAGGAAGUAGAAGAUCCUGUGGAUUCUGAUGGUGAAGUCCUGGGCUUCGAAAACCUCGUCUUUAGUAUUUUUGAAUUUGUCCAUGCUUUACUAGAAAAUAGCAAAUUCAAAAGCACAGUUAAGAAAGCCUUGCCUGAGUUGAUUUACUAUAUUAUCCUGUAUAUGCAAAUCACUGAGGAACAGAUCAAAGUUUGGACAGCCAACCCACAACAGUUUGUAGAGGAUGAAGAUGAUGAUACUUUCUCCUACACGGUUAGAAUUGCAGCGCAAGACCUAUUGCUGGCUGUUGCCACCGAUUUCCAGAAUGAGAGCGCUGCAGCUCUGGCUGCUGCAGCCACUCGACAUUUACAAGAAGCUGAACAAACCAAAAAUAGCGGCGCUGAGCACUGGUGGAAGAUCCACGAGGCAUGCAUGCUUGCCCUCGGCUCAGUGAAGUCCAUAAUCACCGACAGUGUGAAAAACGGCAGGGUCCAUUUUGACAUGCAUGGGUUCCUGACCAACGUCAUCCUUGCAGACCUCAACCUCUCAGUGUCUCCUUUCCUCUUGGGCCGGGCACUUUGGGCUGCCAGUCGAUUCACCGUUGCUAUGUCCCCUGAAUUGAUCCAACAGUUCCUACAGGCAACAGUUAGUGGUCUUCACGAGACACAACCCCCUUCAGUUCGAAUUUCUGCUGUGAGAGCCAUCUGGGGUUACUGUGACCAACUGAAAGUCUCUGAGAGCACGCACGUGCUGCAGCCAUUCCUCCCCAGCGUCCUGGACGGCUUGAUUCACCUAGCAGCCCAGUUCAGCUCAGAGGUCCUCAACCUGGUGAUGGAGACCUUGUGCAUCGUUUGUACAGUAGACCCAGAAUUCACAGCAAACAUGGAAAGCAAAAUCUGCCCCUUCACCAUCGCCAUUUUCCUAAAGUACAGUAACGAUCCAGUUGUUGCUUCGCUGGCUCAGGACAUCUUCAAGGAGCUCUCCCAGAUUGAAGCGUGUCAGGGCCCGAUGCAGAUGAGACUGAUUCCCACGCUGGUCAGCAUAAUGCAGGCCCCAGCAGACAAGAUCCCUGCAGGGCUCUGUGCGACAGCCAUUGAUAUCCUGACCACCGUAGUGCGGAACACCAAGCCUCCCCUCUCCCAGCUCCUCAUCUGCCAGGCUUUCCCUGCCGUGGCGCAGUGCACACUACAUACGGAUGACAACGCCACCAUGCAGAAUGGUGGAGAGUGCCUGCGGGCCUAUGUGUCCGUGACGCUGGAGCAGGUAGCCCAGUGGCAUGACGAGCAGGGCCACAACGGCCUGUGGUACGUGAUGCAAGUGGUGAGCCAGCUCCUGGACCCCCGCACCUCAGAGUUCACUGCAGCCUUUGUGGGCCGCCUCGUCUCCACCCUCAUCUCCAAGGCAGGGCGGGAGCUGGGGGAGAACCUGGACCAGAUUCUCCGCGCCAUCCUCAGUAAGAUGCAGCAGGCGGAGACGCUCAGUGUCAUGCAGUCUCUGAUCAUGGUGUUUGCGCAUCUGGUGCACACGCAGCUUGAGCCCCUCUUAGAGUUCUUGUGCAGCCUGCCCGGCCCCACCGGCAAGCCUGCCCUGGAGUUUGUGAUGGCCGAGUGGACAAGCCGGCAGCAUCUUUUCUACGGACAGUACGAAGGCAAAGUCAGCUCUGUGGCGCUGUGUAAGCUGCUCCAGCAUGGCAUCAAUGCAGACGACAAGCGGCUACAGGACAUCCGUGUGAAGGGAGAGGAGAUCUACAGCAUGGACGAGGGCAUCCGCACCCGCUCCAAGUCAGCCAAAAACCCUGAGCGCUGGACCAACAUUCCUCUACUGGUCAAGAUCCUCAAGCUGAUCAUCAACGAGCUCUCCAACGUCAUGGAGGCCAACGCCGCUCGCCAGGCCGCUCCUGCGGAGUGGAGUCAAGAUGACUCCAAUGACAUGUGGGAGGACCAGGAGGAGGAAGAUGAGGAAGAAGAUGGUUUGGCUGGCCAGCUCCUGUCUGACAUUCUUGCUACAAGUAAAUAUGAGGAGGAUUACUACGAGGACGAUGAGGAAGAUGACCCCGACGCCCUGAAGGACCCCCUCUACCAGAUUGAUCUUCAGGCGUAUCUCACGGACUUCCUCUGCCAGUUCGCUCAGCAGCCCUGCUACAUGAUGUUCUCAGGCCACCUCAAUGACAACGAGAGGCGGGUUCUGCAGACUAUUGGCAUCUAAAGAGCAGAGCCUUUCCACGUGUGCGCCUCUUCCUGGCCCAGCCACAAACUCUUCUGCAGCUCUCUGGCCCUGAGAUGUACUUUCUCCUCAACCUAGAGUGGCCGCCUGACUCUUGGCCCUGGGCCUUGGCAGAAUGACACCCGUAACAAUUCAGAUCAAGAUCACCAGUGCUGUCAUUUAAAGAGGCUGGAACACAGGACUUUUUUCAAAACCCCCGUGAAGAUAGCCCGACUCUAGAACCUUUUUUCUUCCCAAAUGUGCCCCUACCUCUGUUCCCAGAAUCCUCUGCUGGCCAGUCCAGAAAGAGCAUUGCUCAGCAAGAUGAUGUAUUCAUGGGUCCCUUUGCCCCACCGCAGGAACAUAGGAAGACAUGGUCACUUGGCGCCUAAGCCAGAGCCGUCUGCUCCACGGGACAUCAGGUGUGUGUAGGAGCGCCCUGGGGAGGGCUGUUUCCUGCCCUCCAGCACAGAUGCUCUGGUCCUGGUAGGCGGGGGCAGGAGAGGGAUUAGCUGCAUCCUGAGCCCCAGCGCAGCUUCCUCGACCACUGCCAGAGGGCUCGUCUUGUUUUUGCCUCGUUGCAUGACACCCCCCCCAAACUAUUCUGUGUGCACAAACACAAAGUAAGCCAGAUGGCAAUUUGUUUUUCCUCUUUUAGGGAAAAGAAAUAGGAAAAACAGAUUUUUUUAAAGUCUCCCUGACCCACCUAUAUUUAAUAUGCCCCUCCCACACAGUCUGAUAUUAAAGGUGAUACCCCAGCUCCCUCAGGAAUCCCCAAAAGUGGUUAAGUUGUAGCCCUCAAAUUUGCGAUGUGUAUUUUUCUAGGAGAGUAAAGUAAUCUUUACAAAUGAAUUUAGUUCGCAUGGUGUAAGGUCUCAGCACAUCUGCCUUUUCUCCCCUUUAGAAGGAAAGUAAAAAUAAGGACGAAAGGGUUAGGUGGACCCCACUGGGACACCCUGCAUUUUAGCUUACCUAAUUUGAAGUGAAUCUUAGAAAGCUGGCAUUGUUCAAGUAUUUUUAAGGGAGUUCCUUUAAUUAGGAAAUUUAAUCUGUUGUGGGCUCUAAGACAGAAUAAAAAAUCCAGGACAGGAAGGCAAAGCUCAGCUGUCCCUUUUCCUUAGUAGGUAGUGCCCACAUCUGGUGCCUCAUUUUAAUAACUACAGAACAGUUCUUUAGGUUGGUGGUCUCAGAAACAGAAAGUUGCAUGUAAGUGAAUUGAAACCUCCACUCCCAAGGAAAGGGUCCCGGGCGGGCGGUGGGCAUUUACUCUCUGUGCCACGCGAUGUUCCUGGUGUGCGGCUCCCACGCCUGAGUCGGGUGGGACGGCUGUUCAAGUUACUAUCUUUGACAAGCCUGAGGGCGUGUGUGUUCACAGUGUGUCUGCUGCCAAGCAGGUUCUAAAGCUAAUACUGCCUGCACCCCGAGUUGGGGGAGUCACUAAUACUGGGGACACGGUGGCAGGCCUAGCCAGUCAAUGCUCAGGAAAGCCACAGCCUGAGCCUUGGAGACGCCAUAGCUGAUCUCAGAGCAGUGCCAAUUGGGUUUGGUGCUCGAGGUUCUUUGAGGCCAAGUCAGUCCUUGAUGUUGGCGUGGAAGAAUGGCCUCAUGCCCAGCAGCAUUGAACCACUGAGUGGGAAGGCUUGGGGCCCCACACACAGACAGGGCGAUGUGGGCUCCUGCUAGGCUAAUUAGAAAAAUAGCCUGUAUCAAGUGCCAAAAGUGGCCUGUUGGCAAGAAUUCUUUUCCUCCUUUCUUGCUGGGUCUUCUGCCUCAGAACAUGAGCUCGGGAGAAAAGGAGCCCCACGUCGCUUGGAGCACCAUGCCCCCUGGCCGGACCGCUGCUGCACAGGCGAGCAGAGAGUCGCGGACCCUCAGCUGCAGGCAUUUCUUCAUGUUUGCAGAGCAUUUUCAUCCCCAUCAUCCCCCUGAGCCUUUCCAGCAGAUACACAUGGACAGUCCCAAUUCUGUUGAAGGGAAGACUUGAGGGAGAUUACAUCCAGUAUCUGCAGGAAGAGAGGAGCUGCUUGGAGCCAGUGCUACUGGGAAAAAGAGCCCUGGCUCCUGUUUUGUCUCUGGGCCGUAGCUGUAGCUUCCGUUUGAAAAGGGCUGGCUGACGAGUUCAGAGGUGAAGCUCAAGGUGAGGCAAAUUAGGGACUAUGGAGGACGUCUGGCCGCUCUAAGAUACUUUAGUUCUUCUGACCGUAGUAAAGAGUAACUAGGGUACCACAGGGUUCCCCGGGAGUUUGCUGAGUUCUUGGGAGAGAAAGGAAAAGAUAGAAGAAAUAUUAGAAGACAUAAAUGGAGGUAAAAGUUCCCAUUGACAAGUGUGAGCCAAGAGAUUACUAAAGCAGAUAUGAGCAUCAUCACUGUGUUUAAUAAAUACUCGUUACAACUUAAGAACACAUAACACCAAACUGGCUUCUUGGUCUAGGGAGUUAACAGUCUUGAUCACAUGUGGACACAGGAAAAGUGAGACACGAAGGAGAUAGAGAAGCUGGUAACUGGCCACCAUUCGACCACAGAUUUGCCCAGUGUGGGGCGAUUCAUGGUGCACCUCAGGGCCCCUGGCUCUCCUUUGCUACUGUGUUUGACAGAAAAGGGUUAUGUUUGUUUUUAUGCCUUACUCAUUCUAAAAAGAAAACUUGAAGCCAUGAAUGAAUGAAAGAAGUAGUACUCAGUAAGGAAGAGAUGCUGAUGACAUUUUUUUUUUAGAGAACAGGAUAUCCCUGGGAAGGAUGACAGUUUAGAAUCCAAACAAUUCUACAGUCUGUCAAAAGGGGCAGAAACUGAAUGGAAAGUUGUUUUCAAUGUGGACUGACAUGCAUGUUGGGGAAAAAAAAUAGAGGAUGAUAGAGUUUCAAGCACUCUGUGCCCAGAGUGCACGUGCUAUCAGCAACCGUGAAGGUCUUCUGCAAGCUCCACUGUAGCCCUGGGGUGCGGCAGGAGACACCCAGUGUCCCAAGUAAUGUGUAAGAUUGUCUCGGGCGCCAGUGCCUGCCGUUGCCAUGCUAGGCCGCUCCGCCGUGCUCAUCCAGGGUGCUCCUGACAGACGGAGCAGGACGACAACAUGGAGAGGACCUGACUGUGGCAAGGGAGAGGAGCUUGGAGUGAGAAGACUCAGGGAAAACAGGAUACUGCUUUGGAAAAUACAAGCGUACGCGAAAGACAUACUACACUUUGCACCCCCGCCAGGCAGACCUCCGACCAAUAAGUAGAGAAUAAACCAAAAGCCGACUUCUCUAUUUUGUUUCUAUUCUGUUGCAGCAAAUGGUAAGCAUCUGUUACAUGCCAAGCACCUGCUAGAUGCUGGAAAGAUCUGGCCCUUUCCACGAGAAGGUAGUCUGAUAGGUAGGUGGUGAGGAGGUAGUCUGAUAGGUAGGUGGUCAGGCGUAAAUAACGACAUACAUGUGGAGAGUGCGCUGACAGUAAGUGUGGGGUCCAGUCCCCACCCCUUCAGGGAGUGGUCAGUGGUCACAGGGGAGGUAGGUAAGACUGGAGAAGCUGACCCUUGCGGGGGGCUGACAACAACAGGUUUCAGAAACACAUAUUAAAAGCCAUUUAUCUCGUUUAAAGCAUCUAGUCACUUCAAAAAGUAGCUGAUUGUGUUUACCUCAUGUCAAGGUGAUAGAACCAAAGCGCAGGUAUUACACAUUUCCUGCCUGCAGCAAAUUGUGUGAUUCCAAGCUGAACUGAUUGCGCUUUGGCCAAUUGUGUCUUGUUUCCCUGUGCAUAAAUGGUGGGAUAGAACAUCCCAGAGAGAAGUUGAAGGAGAGAUCAUUAUGGCAUGUACUUGCAUUUUCAGAACCUAAAGCAGAUUAAAAGUUCUAGAAUUUAUGGAUCCUGGGGAUCUUGACCAGAAAUAAACUGGAAGUGAAGGCCAGGUAGUAAAGGCCCCUUACAGGGCCCCAAAAAGCGGGGACCACCCAAGAAUUGUAAGCAGAUAAGUGACUUGAUCAAGUUUGCGUUUUAGAAAGCAUUCUGGUGUUGACCCAGACGUGACCAGAAGGGCACCCUGAAACCUGUGUAGAAGGCCUGCUAAGGUGGCGACAGGGAUGGAGCAGAAGAGAGGUUAGUGAGUGCU